AAGCGUGGCCUUUCCUUGGCAACGGUGCUGCGGCAGCGGCCGCGCAGGUGAGGCCGCGCCCGGAGCCCCCCUGUCCCUUCCCGGACUCCGCUCAGCGCCACUGGCCGAGCUCGUCCGCCGCGGAGCCUAGGGCGGCGAGUCGGCGGGGCGGGGCUGCUUCGGGUGCGAGGCCCGCUCGGACCGCGUUCCACCGCCCCGCACCUCUUGGGCUGUGGCCCUGGGCACGUCUCAGGCUGCGGAUGGUGUCCUCUGGGCCAAGAAGCAACUCCUCCUGCUGAAGCUGCUCGUGUUCACAGAACUGAGUUCCUCUCAGCUUUGCUGAGCUACAGGCAGCCCCUCUACCCCUUCCCGGGGUCCCUGUGGAAGGACCAUGGAAGAGACCGAGGAGGAGAAAAAGGAUGAGGCUGAUUAUAAAAGGCUUCACAGUUUUCCACUGAUUAGGCACUCGGACAUGCCGGAGGAGAUGCGUGUGGAGACCAUGGAGCUGUGUGUCACGGCGUGUGAGAAAUUUGCCACCAACAACGAGAGUGCUGCCAAGAUGAUCAAAGAGACGAUGGACAAGAGGUUUGGGUCCUCCUGGCACGUGGUGAUUGGGGAAGGUUUUGGCUUUGAGAUCACUCACGAGGUGAAGAAUCUGCUGUACAUGUUCUUUGGUGGCAGCCUGGCCGUGUGUGUCUGGAAGUGUUCCUGACCCUUGUCUGUGUCCCAGACUUGUUGAAUACAAGAGAUUUGUCCUUCUCUUGACAGGUUUUCUACAAUCUGGAGGUGGGGCUUUAUUUUUAAUAGUUAAAUGUCAAGAUUUCUCUUUUUCAUACUGAUGUAACAGUUCCGUAGGAUACAUAUAGUUCGUGUGUGUGUGUGUGUGUGUGUGUGUGUGUGUGUAAACUGGCUAAGCUGUCCUGUCCUAGCUCGUGGGAUUUUCUCAUCUGUCUGUGGCUCUUUCCUUGGUGUUUGAGCCAAAGCAGAAGGGAAGUGGAGGAUAGUUAAUCUCAUGACACAGCAGCACUAGCAAGGGUAAGCAAAAGAGAAAAGGUGCUAUCUAGCCCUAUGGUUUUUAUAACUUUCACUUGUUCCACAUUGUGUUUUUUCUCUUCUGCUUUCCCUGUUACCAUGCAGUAUAGUUCUGCCAAGCACCUGUCUUUCAUCUCUCUGAAUGCUGCUCAUACAUUCUUUCUCACUUCUAAUAUGUCGAUGCAGACCUGGCAGCACCAAGGGUCUCCCUUCGGGCUGCCCGUGGAGGUGUGAGCCACAGGGAAGCAGUCCCAGCUUGCCCUUCCCUGCUGCUUUUGGGAGGGUACAACAGCUGAGCUGCCUGGGUGUAGGAGGUUGCUAUGCAAACUGCCCCCUCCUUUCUCACCCACAGCACACUGAGACAGCAUGAAAACACAGGCGGCUGACGAUGCCUGGGGAGUGGGUGAGAGCUCUUUUUAAGUCUCAAAUGCCUCCCCGUCAGUUCCUGGGGGUGUUGCAAGUGCUGUGUACUUUCAGCAUCUUGUUUGGGGCUGGCAGAGGAAGGAGGCUCCAUGUGAAAUAUAACUUGGUCAUCAGAAACCUAAUGUCUUUCUGGACUUGCGUUCUUUUAGCCUGUUUCAUUUUUUAAAGCUGUCGGUGUUGGAGGAUGGAAUGAACGUAACUGUAUGUUACGUCUGUGGCUUAUUUAUAUAAAUCUGGGGAACUGUGUUUUUACAAUAAAAAUUUAGCAAAAUGUC